GCCACUGACCGGAGAGAGAAGCUGCCUGCCGACGUCAGCCUGGGUCGCAGCCGCCGCCGCCGCCGCUGUGGGGCAGACGGUCACUCGCAGAAUCACCCCAUUCAGAACAGAACUUCUCUAAGGAAGCUGGAAGGGAAACAGGCAGGAUAGGCCCUUCCAGUGGCUUCAUGCUCUUGUCCAGGCUGUUUUCUCUGCUUGGAAUGCCUUUCCUUGGCCUCCUUAUUGAGCAGGACUGCUCUUCUCUAGGGAAGCUGGAAAGGAAACAGCCAUGGCCAAGGACAUCCUGGGUGAAGCAGGGCUGCACUUUGAUGAGCUGAACAAGCUGCGGGUGUUGGACCCAGAGGUUACCCAGCAGACCAUAGAGCUGAAGGAAGAGUGCAAGGACUUUGUGGACAAAAUCGGCCAGUUUCAGAAAAUAGUUGGUGGUUUAAUUGAGCUUGUCGACCAACUUGCAAAAGAAGCAGAAAAUGAGAAGAUGAAGGCCAUUGGUGCUCGGAACUUGCUCAAAUCUAUAGCAAAACAGAGAGAAGCCCAACAGCAGCAACUCCAGGCACUAAUAGCUGAAAAGAAAAUGCAGCUUGAAAGGUAUCGGGUUGAAUAUGAAGCUCUGUGUAAAGUAGAAGCAGAACAAAAUGAAUUUAUUGACCAAUUUAUUUUUCAGAAAUGAACUGAAAAUUUCAUUUUCUAGCAGGAGGGCAAAAAAAAGAAAAAAAACCCACAACCCCCAAACCAAAAAAACCUCUGUACCAAUCCAGUGACUUGACUAAUGACCCAAGUGUGUUGUGUGAGAUGGUGUGUGAGGAAUGCAGCAUCUCUGAAGGCAAUAAAACAAAUCUGCGGGAGCUUGUUUCAGACGUCAGUGCCUAUCUGCAGGCGAACACCCAGUGGCCAUUGUGGUCCAGGUUCUCACCUCUUGCAUUCUCAGUCUGAACUGAGCAGCCUAUAAACUUUUUUUGUAAAUUCACAAAGCUUUGGAAGGAAAAGCAAUAAAUUAUUAUUUUCAAA